UAUUCCACAAACAWAACGUUUCAACUUUUAACAAUCCAUUAAUGAGUUUUAUAAAUUCGGUGGAUUUAUCAGAUUUAUCAGAAAUCUGGGUAUAUUAUAUGACCUUAAAUAGUUAAAUUUUGGAAAAGGCCAUUGAAGAUUAAGAUGGGAGUAGACACAGAAGUCAGACAUUGAGAAAUACGUAGUAAAGUAGUAAAAGAUAAUAUCAUGUGGCACGAAGCAAGAAAACAAGAGAAAAAAAUCCGUGGCCUAUUGGUCGAUUAUCAAAGGAGAGCUCAGCGCCGAAAAGAUUAUUAUGAAAAAAUUAAAGCUGAUCCCACACAAUUUUUACAAUUGCACGGUCGUCAAUGUAAAAUACACAUUGAUCCAGGAAUUGCAAUUGCUGCCAAUAGUCCUGCUACUAUGAUGCCCUGGCAAGGAAAUGAAGAAAUAAUGAUUGAUCGGUUUGAUGCACGAGCUCAUCUAGAUUUCAUCAGAGAACCUAAGAAAGACAAUGAAGAUGAACAAAUGUCUUAUGAAGAACGUCACUUAAACUAUGAACGUUACCGUAUUCUCGUUCAAAAUGAGUUCUUAGCUAUAUCUGAAAGUAAAUUUUUACACCAACUUUAUCUUGAAGAAAAAUUUGGCCCUGUAACUAAACCAGAUGCGGAUGAUGCUAAGAAAAAAUCUACUGCUAAUGCUGCUAUUCCAUAUAAAUAUAGCGAUGAAGACACUAUUCAAACUGAUGAUUCCAGAAAAUAUUUGGAUAUUAAACCUAAAAAUGAUGGUUCUGAUGAAUCAGACGAGGAGAGUGAAGUUGAUUUUGAUUUAUCAAUUGAUGUUAGCAAAAUUGGUACUGACCAAGCGAAUGAAUUGAACUCUACUGCUCAUGGCUUUGGUAUGACUACUAAUGAUUUUUAUAGUUUUCUUAAUAAUGAUUUGGAAGAGGCUGAAAACAUUCAAUUAGCUCGUUUAGCUGAAGAAGAAAAAGCAAUGUUUGCUGGACGACGAUCUAGAAGAGAACGUAGAGCUUUUCGAUUAAAAGCUUUAGAAGGCAAAGCAUUAAGUCCACUAAGUUAUGCAACUAGAAAGAGUCCUAGUUAUACUGAUUUUGAUCAACUAUCAUCAAUGAUGACAUCUCGUUCUCCCACUCCUGAAAACUCAGGCCAAGUAACUUACAUAACUAGUUUUGGCGACGAAGAACCUACAAACCAUGACAAAUCCAAAACAAGUUCAAAAUCAAAAUCUUCAAAAAGUCAUUCUAGAAGAAAACGGAGUUCUCGUUCAAGAUCUCCUCGUCGAAAAUCUAGAUCAUUAUCUAAGAGUCAUAUUCGUCGGCAUAGAUCACGAAKUCAGAAUAAAGCAGUGUCACCUAUCAGGAAUAAUGCACAGUUGCCAGCUAUUCAAAAACCACCUCCUGUUCAACGGUAUUAUGGCCGUAGAGGAAAUGAUUCAUCUUCAGAAUUGAGUAUUUCUGAUGAAGAUGACGAAAAAGAUAAAAAUACAAAUAACAUUAAACCUCCAUUACCAGAUCUCAGUCUUUCUUCUUCCAGCAAAAAACAAGGCCCAAGUGACAGCAAACCAACUCCACAAGAAUUAAUGAAACGAAAAAUGAAAGUUUUGCUAAACAAACAAUAUAAAGCGGAUAAAAAAGCACAAAGAGAACGAGAACUAAAAAUGGAAAGAGAGCAAAUUGAACGAGAAGAAGAAAUUAAAGAGUUGUCAUUGAAAAUGAGAAGAAAACGACGUCAAUUACGUCAUCCUGAGAAUAGUUCUACAUCAUCACGAUCUAAAUCACGUUCAAAGUCUAGUAGUUCUAGUAGUUCCAAUUCAAGUUCUAACUAUAACAGGUAUAGAAAUCGUAGGCGUAGAUCUAGAUCAAGAAGUGGUGGACGUAGAUCUAGAUCUAGAAGUGGUGGUCGUCGAAGAUCUAAAAGUGGUGAUCGACGUCGUCGAUCUAGAAGUGAUGAUAAGAGAUGGUCUAGAAGGAGUGAAGAACGAGAUAGAUACAGAAGAGAUGACAGACGAGAUUAUGACCGUAGAGAUGAUUAUCGAUCCCGUCGUAGCCCUGAAAGAAGAGAUAGAAGGGUAGAUAGAAGAGACAGCCCAAGUAGGASGGAAAUAAAACAAAGGGAGAGUCCUAUUAAAAAAGAAAUUAAGCAGCAGAGGGAGAGCCCAGUUAGGAAGGAAAUUAAGCAAAGGGAAAUCCCAGAUCGUAGUAAAAGGGAAAAUGUUCGUCCACUUGUCAAGAUAACAUAUGAAGCAAGUCCAAAACGCUAUGUGUCGAGCACCAAAGUACAAUCCAAUUUGAAGCCACUUGUAGAUUACGAUUGAGUGCUGGAUGUGAGCUUAAAAAUUUUUUAUCAGGAUUAAAAGUAAUCAAUGUUACAAUAUUAAUAUUCUUGUAAAAUGUUGGUCUCAUAGAUUUUGUUAAUCAAGAAUAUCAACUCUUGAUCUAAUUAUAACUUUUAUACAAAGAUAUUUUUAAUUGAUUAUAUUAUUAUAACUUUUUAAAUACGACUAUUCAAGUUUUUUUUCAAAUCUCAUUAAAGCAUAGACUUCUUAGUCUAUAUCUCAACUCCAAAGAACAAAAGAUUUAUAUUGGCGAAUGGCAACACUUGUAUUCUGAAUACAGUUUAUAAUACCAUAUUAUGUUACCUCCAAUGAUGAUUAUUAGGUACUGUAAAAAAUAACUAAGCAAUCAUGAAAUGAGCUCUUUGAAGAAAUUAAUAUUAUAAAAAUGUAUAAAAAAGUUCAUAUAACUUACUUUAUAACAUAUUGUCUAUGACAUACAUUGUUCGAAGA